CCCCUCCAUCCCCCCCCGCCAUCGCUUUGCUCUACCAAGCUGUCCUCCAAGAGCGACAAAACCCGGCCCAACACCAGUAGCAUCUCUCGAUACACCACACGACAGACUGCAGUCCGUUUGUGCAAUUGACCUUGGACGACUCGAAAACCCCUUCCGUCGAAAUCGCUGAGCCGACAACACAACAUCCUUCGGUCUACCACCACCAAAGAAAAAGGAGGGGGGAAAAAAAAGAAGAUGGCCGCCGUUACGUCCACCACCGAAAGCGGCGCCAUCCAUGUCGGCACGCGCAAGUCGGCGCUGGCGAUGAAGCAGACCGAGAUCGUCGUCGAUGGCCUCUCCAAGGCGCGACCGGACGUCUCGUUCGAGGUCCACAGCAUGCAAACCCUGGGCGACAAGGACCAGAUCACGGCGCUAUACAACUUUGGCGGCAAGGGCUUGUGGACGUCGGAGCUCGAGGCCAAGCUCGUGGCCAAGGAGCUCGACAUCAUCGUCCACUCGCUCAAGGACAUGCCGACGACGCUCCCGGACGGCUGCACCCUCGGCUGCGUCACCAAACGCGAGGACCCGCGCGACGUUGUCGUCUUCAAGGCUGGCCUCGCCGAGGAGCACGGCUGGAAGGGCCUCGCCGACCUGCCCGACGGCUGCGUCAUCGGCACCAGCAGCGUGCGCCGCAUCGCCCAGCUGAAGCGCCGCUACCCGGGGCUGAAGUUCGCCGAUGUGCGCGGCAACAUCGAGACGCGCCUCCGCAAGUGCGACGACCCGGAGGGCCCCUUCUCCGCCAUCAUCCUCGCCGCCGCCGGCCUGCUGCGCAUGAACUACGGCGCCCGCAUCUCGCAGUUCCUCGACUCGGAGAACGGCGGUACCCUGCAUGCCGUCGGGCAGGGCGCCCUGGGCAUCGAGGCGCGGUCGGGCGACGAGCGUGUGCUGAGUGUGCUCAGGGAGCUCGAGGACAAGCCGACGAUGCUGGCCUGUGUCGCGGAGCGGAGCGUCAUGCGCACGCUCGAGGGAGGAUGCAGCGUGCCGAUCGGCGUCGAGACAACCUGGGUCGAGGACGGCAAGAAGCUGCGGCUCAAGGCGACGGUGGUGCACGUCGACGGCACGAACGGAGUGGACGCGGAGAGGACCGAGGCGGUCAAGACCGCAGAGGAGGCAGACGAUUUUGGCAAACUGGUGGCACAGGACCUGGUGGAUGGAGGAGCACAUGGGAUCCUCGACGACGUCAACCAAGUACGGCCGGGCAAACAAACGGCGACGGAAGCGACCAUCCCGUCUUCAUCCUAACGACGCUGGCUGGCACGGUAUGAAACCAGAAAUAGACUGUCUCCCCCGAUCAUUGCACACAGUAGACACUGAAACUCUUGAUGACCAUCAUAUUGCUCUAUAUGGGUCUGAACCGCAAACUUUAAAUAAAAGUGCACACCCGCUUGGUGUGAGAUUCCCU